AUGCAUCAAAACCACACACGACACACGGAUUCUACGCGAGCGACGAACGAGGAAUACGAUGACUCGUCUGUUUCAUCAGCUACAGAUGCCGAGAAAGAGAUUAUCGCGGCCAACGCGCUGAAUGAAGGAGCCACACAACCAUACGAGGAACCACCCAUUACCGAGGCACAGCAACAAGAGCAAGGACAAUAUGCAGAUGGAAGGGAUGGAGCUGGUCUUGAGAAACAAGUCACGAGGAGAUCUAUACGAUCGGGCAAAGCGGUGUCGGUGAAUAAUAUUGCUGCCAUACCCAAUGGUGGCACGACGGCUUGGUUGCAGGUUCUUGGAGCCUUCUUCCUGUUCUUCAACUCAUGGGGCAUUAUCAACACUUUUGGUGCAUACCAGACAUAUUACCAGUCUGGCAUUCUUUCAUCAUCCUCACCCUCGGACAUUUCCUGGAUUGGAUCAGUGCAAGCCUUCUUGCUCAUGCUGAUCGGAGCAUUGACAGGACCUAUCUAUGAUGCUGGAUACUUCAGAGCUUUGCUGAGUGUCGGCUCUUUCGCCGUCGUGUUUGGCUUCAUGAUGCUAUCGCUUGCUAGGACAUACUGGCAGGUCAUUCUUGCCCAAGGUAUUUGCGUUGGUCUUGGUGCCGGAUGCUUGUUCGUGCCCUCAGUCGCUAUCCUCAGUACAUACUUCAGCACCAAGAUUGCCACUGCCAUGGGUGUCGCUGCCGCUGGCAGUAGUUUGGGCGGAGUCAUCUACCCUAUCGUCUUCUACCGUCUCGAACCGCGUAUUGGGUUUCCCUGGGCUACUCGUGUCAUUGGCUUUAUCGCCUUCGCGACCCUGAUCGUUGCCAACUCGGUCAUGAAAGUGCGUGUUCUUCCGGCUGCUCGCCGAGCCGUCUUCGAUCUGAAAGCCUUCACCGAGCUACCGUACCUGUUCUUCGUCCUGGGCGGCUUCCUGACUUUCAUGGGCUUGUACGCGCCUUUCUUCUACAUUGAGAGCUACGGCAUCACGUACAACAUCACUUCUGAGAGUCUGGGCUUCUACACGUUGUCAAUCAUCAACUCGGCAUCAGUAUUCGGUCGCAUUGUGCCAAACUUGAUUGCGGAUCGUACUGGACCUAUGAAUAUGAUUGUGCCUUGCUGCAUCAUCUCAGGAGUCAUCGCUCUGUGCCUCAUCCCUGUACGCAGUGAGGCCGGUCUCAUCGUGGAGUGUCUACUCUACGGCUUCUUCUCUGGAGCGUUGGUGUCACUGCCUCCUACUGUAUUCGUCUCGCUCUCGCCUAACCGAGGACUCAUCGGCACACGCAUGGGACAGGGGUUCAGCAUCAUCUCUAUCGGAUUACUGCUGGGCACACCAAUUUGUGGAUGGAUCUUGGACGGCAGUGGAUUUACUUAUGUCUGGGUGUUUGCCGGAGUCUUGGUUCUCGGAGGUGGAAGUCUUAUGGCCUUGAGUAGAGUACUCAAGGCAGGACCAAAGCUUGUGCAGAGAGUGUAG